ACGACGUCGUGGCUUUUUACCAAUUAGAUGUUCUAUCUAAUCAGGAAUUGCCCAACGAAGCACUCCUUCCUCCACAUUGUCUCUCCGAUCUAACCUUCACUUUUUCCAAUGGAAAUGGAAACAAUUCCCAACGGCAGUUCGCCUACUUCCACAGCCAGCAGCACCGCCGUCACCCCAACCGCCGUCACUCCAACCGCCGGUAUCUCGCCUAACGCUCCGUCGUCAAAACUGAACCAACUCUCCGAAUCACUCAAAUUAGAACACCAGUUCCUCCGUGUCCCUUUCGAAUAUUACAAAAAGACGAUUCGAUCCAAUCACCGUAUUGUUGAGAAGGAAGUGUCCGCUGUUAUCUCUGGCGUUUCGGAUGCCGCUGCCGCCGCUGACUCUGUUAUGUCCCGUGAUGAUGCCGUAAAUCGACUCAAUUCACUUGUUUCCAGGUUGCAGGGGCUUAAACGGAAGUUGGAAGAGGGGAGUCGAACAGAGAACCUGCAAGCGCAAAGAUGCAGAGCACGGCUAGAUCAUCUAGAAUCUGCUGAUCCAGAAAAUUUAUCAGAUUGGAAUGAUAUCCGUUUGAAGCGGAUACUGGUAGAUUACAUGUUGCGGAUGUCAUAUUAUGACACUGCUAUGAAGCUUGCUGAAAGCAGCAACAUCCAGGAUCUUGUUGACGUUGACGUCUUUCAUGAAGCAAAAAAGGUCAUUGAUGCUCUUCAAAACAAGGAGGUGACUCCUGCUUUAGCCUGGUGUGCUGAUAACAAAUCCAGGCUAAAGAAAUCAAAGAGCAAAUUUGAGUUCCAGCUGAGACUGCAAGAGUUCAUAGAGUUGGUAAGAGCUGAAAACAUGAUGCGGGCCAUUACAUAUGCUCGGAAAUAUCUUGCACCUUGGGGUUCUACCCAUAUGAAAGAGUUGCAGCGAGUCUUGGCGACACUUGCUUUCAAGAGUAAUACUGAAUGUGCAACUUACAAGGCUUUAUUUGAACCAAAGCAGUGGGAUUACUUAAUUGAUCAAUUCAAACAGGAGUUCUGCAAGUUAUAUGGCAUGACUCUUGAGCCGUUGCUGAAUAUAUAUCUUCAAGCAGGGCUGUCUGCAUUGAAAACUCCAUUCUGUUAUGAAGAUGAUUGCACAAAGGAGGAUCCUUUAUCACAGGAGAGCUUUCGUAAAUUAGCGACGCCACUACCAUAUUCAAAACAGCAUCACUCGAAGCUUGUUUGCUACAUAACCAAAGAGCUGAUGGAUACUGAAAAUCCACCCCUUGUCUUGCCUAAUGGAUAUGUCUAUAGCACCAAGGCACUUGAAGAGAUGGCCAAGAGGAAUGAUGGCAGAAUCACAUGUCCCAGGACAGGCUUUACCUGCAACUACACACAGCUGGUUAAGGCUUACAUUUCAUGAGUUUCUGUUUUUCAUUAGACUGUCAAUCACCAAGCAAGAAACUUGCUCUGGGAGCUUUCCGGUGCCCAUGAAUUCUUGUUUAGGGGACUGCUGUAUAUAUGGAAAUCACCAAGUUCUUAAUCCUUGUGUGAGCAAAAAAUUUAUGUGGAUGUUAACAUUAAAGUUUGACUUGUACAGCAUAUCAGUUAGUUGCACGUGUUUUACAUGA